AUGUUCAGAAAAUUUGGCACGUGGGUAAAGGGCAGCGCAUGGCCCCUCGUCAGUGAAGCUGGCGUUUUCGGAGUACGUUGGCUGCAGCUUGUUGGACUGCUGCACUGCGUCCAGGAGUACGGGAUUGACUUUUCAACCACAGUCGGAGCAUCAAUGGUGCCAGUGUUCAAUGCCUCCGGGGAUGUUCUUCUUUAUGAGCGACUGACACAGAGAUUGGCUGGCUGGUCUCGUGGGGAGGUCGUGGUCGCCACCUCGCCGAAAGAUCCGGAUGGGCGCAUAUGCAAACGCAUCCUUGGUCUGCAGGGAGACAGGGUGAAGGUGUGGAGUCACAUCGGCGAGAAGGAGGUGCUCAUUCCUCGAGGGCAUGUUUGGUUGGAGGGCGACAACAAGGCAGCCUCCCACGAUUCCAGACACUAUGGUCCAGUUCCUGUCGGACUUCUGCAAGGAAAGGUACGCUUAAAGCUGUGGCCCAGUUCGGGUGAUCCCGCCCUAGCAGUGGCACGAGUGCUGCGGUCCAGAAUCGUGCUAGGUGGUUCUGAGUGCGAGGACGCGUCGACACCAAAAGGUGAUGAGGGCGAUGCGAAGGAAGAGCAUAGCAUCAAAGGAGGAGCAGGUCCGCAACAAGUUGCCUUACAUGUCGGGAAUCCAUGCGAAGAGGACGCAAGCCACCCUCAGCCUGUACCCAAAUUGCGCCAGUUCGCUGAUUGGACUAUGUUUGUGAAGCAGCUUCGAGCUGGAAGCAUGUCAAGAAGACACCCGCACUGCGGUCUUGCUUUGUUGCUGGCAGCCGCCGCAGCGACCCUAUCAGUUUCUUGCUUCACAGUUUUCACGGGCGCACAGGCAGGAGAGGGCCGUGUCAACCAGCGCAGACUGAAUCUGCCUAGCCCCAGCGAGCCUGGUUUGGUGGCAGCACGUGCGUACUCUACAGCGCCGCUGGCAGAACCCCCAGAGGACUUGAUGAGCAUCAAGCAGCGACAUUUGACGCCGUCAGCCGAGCAUCUUGAGUAUGCAGUAGUGGAAUACUCUGGCCGGCAGCACAUGAUCGUUGAGGGGGGCAUGUACGAGACCUAUUUCAUUCGAGCAGUUCCUGGCUCGAAGGUGCGAUUGAAUCGUGUCCUGCUGCUGAAGGAGAAGAACAGUGGCGGCGAGUUUGAGAUCAGCGUUGGACAGCCACUGGUGGAUGGAGCAUACGCAGAGAUCACUAUCCUCGAGCACUUGAAGGGUGAAGACCAAAUUGUCUUCAAACACAAGAAGAAGAAGCACUACAUGAAACGCUGGAUUGUCAACCAGAAGCUCACUCGCUUCCGUGUCGACAAGAUCGUCAAGGGUUCGCCGGAUGAUGCCGUUGAGGGCAGAGCUCCCUACCCGCUUGAACCAGGGUCCUAG